AAGCUCUCUUUGACUUUUUUAAAAAAAUUGCAUGAUCACACCUUGCAAACCUUAUGACAAGACAAUUUUUUUUUUAUCUUAUACGUAACGCAAAAAAAUAAAAAAAGGUUUUAGUGUGAACUCAUAUAGUUAAGUUAGUUUAUAGAAUCGAGAAAAGAUUUGUUUUGUCAAUUUUUUUUGUUUUUAAAUAAAAAAUUGUGUAGCUGGAAAAGUAGAGUGUUUAAGUGUUGUUUGCUAUAUGCUGGAUAAAUUGCUUUUGUGUAAUUUGUUUUAUUUUUGUAACAGGUUUAUCUCGCGUCCUUCACUGUAUAAAUGGGAAUGUUUUACAAGUCAAGUGAUGCCCAACUCUAAUCUUGUUCUCUUGUUUUUUUCCUUAGAAAAAAUGAAUUAAAUAUGUUUUAGUCUCAAAGGAUAUAGAGUAAUGUUUUCGUCAGGAUCGGCAGUGAUUCCAACAGUGACGGGUACACCUUUUUUAACGGAGCCUGGUUUGCAUCCAGGACGUCGAGGUGUAUGGAAAUUAGGAACCACCUUGGGGCAAUAUGUGACUGUAGCGAAAUCUUCACCGUUUUUAUCGCAGUAUUCAUGUCGUGAAUUGUCAUUUCACGAGAAGAACACGAGUAAACCAACAGUUUCUAACAUUCAAGAAACCAGUAGAAAGGAAGAUUUUUGGAAAAUGGACACUUGUAUGACACAAAACACCUUUUCUUCGAAUGGAAGGAAAAAUGUGUGUGAUCCUUAUGUUAUACAAAAUAUUAAGAGUCAAGAAGAUUAUGUAAAUUGUCAUGUAAAAGAAAGCAUUUCGCAGGACUGUGGCGUGACAAAUCAUGGUUCCUGUGAGUGCAGACAAUUUCAAAGCGAAGAUGGAACCUUUCAUUUUGUAACUGAACAAAAGACGCAGCAAAAAUAUGAUCCUUGUGCUGAACCUAUUUCUAAUUUGUCCUUGUCUAAUCAUGUCGAAUGUUGUUUAAAAGAUGAGCAAGAAUCAAGUUGUUGUAAAAAGAAAAAAUGGAAAUAUAGUUUAAAAAAAUCCACGUGGAAUGGUGGUGUUGAAAAAAUUGUGUCAUAUGGACUGAGUGACGACAAAGAAUUAAACACUGAAAGUAUUGAGGGUCAUUUGAACACAACAGCGUUUCUAUAUAACCUUUCGCAAGAAAAGAAGAGUUUUUCAGAAAAAUUUGAUGAAGAAGAGGACAAAUUGGAAGACACAUUAUGUGUCACUCCUUUAUCCAACUCUACUCUCGAUACGCCAAGACAUGAGCGGCAUUGCGAAAGGAGUUCUUUUGGCCUGUAUGAUACCAUUGACAUAAAAAAAAACAGUUAUGAAGGUUACUUGUCAGAAAGUCAGGUUGGUUUGAAUGAGUCUCAACAAGGGUAUAGAAGUAAGAAAGAUAUUUCGUCGAUUGACAAAAAGUGUUCUACGGAAGUCGAGUCCUUAGGUUCCACCAAUGUUGAUAAGGCAACUUUUAUUUCAUCACCAUUAUUGGGCCUCGAUAUGACUGGAAAUCAAUCAUUGAACGAUUCAGACGUUUUUUGGAUUGAUCAUGACCAGAAAAGCAAUGAGUUGCAUUUGGAUAAAAGUGACAAGAAUUUAAAACAUUUUCUUUCAAUUCCUAAGGGUGUGUGUGGAAUUUGUUGGGAGAAGGAUGCAACAUCUAAAGAACAAGUAACUGAGCAAGUACGAGAGUUUGAUAACGAAAUGAUUGCAUGCCGUGCAUGUGGGGUGUUAAUUCAUCCACAAUGUUAUGGACUUUUUUACACUCGAGAAGAAAAAGACGUACGAAACGCUUGGUUUUGCGCUGCUUGUGAAUAUAGUAAAUAUCGAAAGGAUGAUUUAUGCUUGGUUUCCAAAAGUAUCGAUGAAAGCGAACAAAACAAACGUUUAAGUGUAGUUGACAAAAAAUCACCCACCGAUCCAUGUUAUCGAACAAGCUGUGCUGAAGAGCAAAUAAGGAGAGUUGAGCUAUUGGAUAUGACUCAAGAGACUGGAGCAGAAAUGCAUCAACCUCAUGUUGUAAUAAUAUGUUCUUUAUGUCAACGUUCUGGGGGUGUUUUUUGUAUCGGAGAAGAGCAUCUUUGGGUUCAUGUCUCAUGUGUUUUAUAUUCGACAGAAGGUCCACAAUUUUCUUUGCCUUUUUUUAAAAAGCAGCCUAUUUGGAUUCGUCGUUAUUUAGCAUUACAAUAUCAAAAGCAGUACUCGUGCUAUCUUUGUCAAGAAUCCACCGGUUUCACUGUUCCAUGCAAUGCAUUAAAUUGUUUUUUACGAAUGCAUAUUUCUUGUGCAUUUCUUCAAAGGUUUCUACCUCACCAAAAUUGUGUUUUUUCGACCUGCGCUCAUGCACAACGUCGUGUCAAAUUUCUAUUUUGUAUUCACCAUUCUCAAUGCGUGGAAAAAAUCAAAACAAUGUAUGUAACUAACACGCCUACUUCGUAUGAAACCCAUGACGCUUGUCACUCAUUUUCUGCACCCUCUAAAGAAAAUCAAGCAUCAGAACAUUCCUUUCCUAUGUUAAAAUCUUCAUGUCUUCCAAUCAAUCCGUGCUCCUUUCAUCCAUCCCCUUGGAAUGUUGUUCCCCUGUAUAAAAAUGUGCCGACUCAUAUGAAAAAAGGAAUUCCGUCAGUACAUAAUCGAACAUUUCAAAACAGCAGUCGUAAUAAAACGUUUCCCUCUCUUCCAACUGCUGCGUCGCGUCGGCGGUGGAAUAUGUUAUCGAAUGAAUCUUCGCUUGCUAAUUGUGCAGAUUGGUAUAAUCCGGGUAUGCCUCCGUCUUCAGCUAACUAUAGGCUAGAAUCGCAUGGAGCCCGAUCUAUUGAUAUUAAAAAGCGCUUUCAAUCUUCUUUAUGCGUUGACUUGACACAGGCGCAAACUUCGCGAAGGCGUACAUGCCAUGCAAAACGUCGAUCAACGAAAACAAAUUUCUUUCCACAUCGUUUUUCUCCCUCCAAAUGGUAUGACCGGUCUUCGGACAACGGUACUGAUACAGAAGAUUUCAUUGGUUCCCCUUUGAAGAGCUCACGUGCACUCAAAAUGUCUAGACAUUCCAAAAGUCGUCUUCAACCCUUCAUGGAAUCGUGUACUCCGUACGAUGUUUCCCAAGCACAGCGUAGUAAGCAAUUGCAGUGUCGUCGGGUAGAAAAGAAAAGGCAUAAGGGUGACGAAGAAAGCGAUCGGAGAGAAUCGAUGCAUCGAUCAAGGACACAUUACACACAUUCAAGAGAUGGUAGAGGUCGACCGCGUCGUGGUACGCGUCAUAUAAAUGGAAGUGAUUUUGAGAAAAAAGGUCAAGCUGCUCAUUUUGGAAUGGGAGCCCAUAUUAUUUUGCGUGGUAUUCGUCUAAAGUGGUCUCGUUAUGAUAGUUUAUUUCAAAAAACCUCUUUUUUAACAAACGUGCUUAAACAAAGCAUAAUUCAAAGUGUUGCGUAUGAAGAUGCCUUACGGCAAUGUCUUUGUAAGCCACACGAUUCUCUUGAAGAUUCCCUUCAUUGUUUAGCUCUUUUUUUGGUUUCAAAACAAACACCGUUUUCAAUAGAAAAGUUUUGUGAACCACUUCCUUUUUUGUCACCUUUUGGCAUGGAGGAUUUAAAUACUCAUACGAACAAGGGUGCAACAUGUCAAGCCCCUACAACUUUUGUUUUCUUUUCCCACGCUAAGCGACGUCAAGUUACUUCAACUAAAAUCCCACGGCACACUUUUCAAGAAGACGAACAAAGAGAUACCACCCAAUCAACAAUGUAUCCCGCAUCAAGUGAAAAGUCGCAAGUAUUACGCUUGAACUAUAAAAGUCCUAAAUGUUGUGAACAGAAUGUUCAAGUAGAUUCAUUUCCUAUGAACCAUAAAAAAGAAAAAAUUUUACAAGAACCACAAGGCACUGUCAUGGGUUCUUUUGGUGUGGGUCUCUGGAAGAAACAUGUUGCUCACGAAGCAAUUUUGCAGAGUGAGCACGAAAAAAUGUUAUUUGAGCAGGUUGAUAUUUUAGAAAAAUCAUUGCAACAAGAUAUCAAAAACACCCAACUUGCGUGGACAUUACCUGUCGUGAAAGAUAUUUGGAAGGAAGAUAUAAAAGAAUUUCCUCGGUUUUUAUAUUUUUGCUUUAUCGGGUUUUUAUUGCAUUGUUCAUGUUCUCAGCAGUCUUAUUUGCAAACAAAUCAAAGGUUAUUUGAUUUUUUUUUAAAACCAAUUCCAAAAGACUUGUCUAAAACGUUUCUUGAUUCUUUGAAAAUGUUGCAAGAGGUGUUUAAAAAAUGGACUGUCAAUGAACUUUGCCAGUCUUUAGCAUGUGUAAGAAAAUGCUACUCAUACCACCAAGAUAAUUUUUUAUUCCUUCAACCGUAUUUUGCAACAUUAUUUUUUCAAAAAAUCAUGAAUGGAAGUACACUAAAAGCUAUUCAAAGUCAUCUUGGAUGUUUAGAACUGUUUGAAAAUAAUCUGUUAACAUAUCUAACACCUCAUAACUCUUUAUCAACAGGUGUUCCAAUGUUAGCCGAUCUGGAGGUUCCUUUAGAAAAGAAUACGAAUACAUUGAUGGGACACUGGCGGGAUUUAGUGCAAGCUCAAAAAAACAGAGCAGGAUCUUCUGUUUCAGAUGUUACGGCAGCCACAUCUUUACCACAAGCAGCGACGACGUCGCAGAUUUUUACACCGAUUCAGGAUCCAGAUCCAUUGACCGAAAAAAAAACAUCCUUGUAUACGCUGCUUCCCGAUAUCAUCCUUUCACAGACUAUGUGUACGCAACGGAAGUUCGACAAAAGUGAGGAGAACAGUUUGAAUGCAAGGAGAGUGUCAUUGCAGCAAGAAACUGAUAAUUUCAAAGUUCAUGUAGCGACAUGUCCAUUAAGUACACCUCAAGCAACAGGUCACACCUUGUUUAAUAAAAGUGAGUACGAAACGCCAGUUCACACAACUGACAGUGACACACCUCAUACCGCCACUUCACUUUUCACUGAGAUGCCAGCAGAGAGAACACGCUAUCGCAUUUUACGAGACAUGUUAUGGGAUGUCAAUGUUUCAUCUCAAUUGUUUGAUUUUAAUGUUCUUAAAAAACUUGAUUGGUUAAAAAAAAAACAGACACAAACUGACGAUUUAGAAGAGUCCUUAUCAGGCAUUGGUGUAACACCACGCCAUUCCGAGUAUUCUUUUGUAAAGCAACAAAUUGGUUAUUAUCUUUCGUUGCUGAACAAAGUUACUACAAAAUUAGAUUUAACAAAAAAUAUGUAUUGCAAAGCUAUAACUUUAGAUGAACAAAUGCCUUUAAAAUUACAUCAUCAACCACAAGCUGAAGCGUUAAUUCAUCUAUUUUGCUCUAUUACAUCCAAAUGGGGUCGUAUUGCGUCCCAAUGUGUUCGUGGUCUUUCGGAUCGAACAUCUGUCGCUUGCAUGCGUUCUCAGAAUUGCUUCAAGGAAUUCAUCACCCCGUGUUUGAUUCAAGAUACGAAGAAUAUGUCUUCUGCAACGUCUUUUCUCACUGUACCAGACGCUUCACAGGCGAUUGUAAAAGUUCAGACAAGUGCGACUUCUUUAAAUAAGCUCCACACUUCUACGUCAGGAAAUCGUAUAAAGUAUUGUUGUAUUUGUUUUGAAGAAGAAUGGGAACCAGAUAAUCCGGUUCUGACAUGCGUACGAUGUUUCACAUCUCUUCAUAAGAAAUGCUACAUUGUACCGGAGUCUACCGCUGACGAUGAAAAUGAAGCUUUCUUCUGCAAGAGGUGCACUUUAGAAAAAAAAAGACAUGAUAUGUUUAUAUCGGGUUCAAUUCGAUGUGACUUUUGUAAUACGUUGGGCGGAGCGUUAAAACAUACCAAGGAAGGCGGAUGGGUUCACGUGUUGUGUGCAUUGUUUCUAUUACCAGCCGUGGUUCCAGAAGAUUUACAGACAUUCGACCAUUGGGACGUUUCGAUGAUUCCAAUGUCGUCUCAAGCAGUAAAUUGUUCUGUUUGCUGUAUGUCAAAUUGGAAACCGCAUAUGAAACGUUGCCUACCAAUAAAAGAAGCAAUGGGUGACGAGACGGAUGUUUUCACAGCUUCAUAUUCUGAGUAUCAUUUAGAAAGCUUUCCUCUUCGCACCAGUGAUGCCCCACCCCAUUAUCCGAUGUCUUUGUACCGCGCGCAUCGUCGUGGCGUUUGCGUUUCAUGCUCUUAUGAAAAGUGUGAACGUUCGUUUCAUCCUUUUUGUGCGUGGCUUGCUGGAAUGUAUGUUAAGGUGACUCUCAAAAAUAACUCUUUCUACCCUUGGAACAAAAAAAUAGCUGAAAUGUGCAGUAAACAAGAUGAAACAUUGAGAUUAAGAAACGAGGCUUUUUUUUUAACCAUGGAUCAAAUUUAUUUUCCUAUGCUUCAAUUUGAAAUUUUUUGUUUUGAUCAUUCACCAUCAUGCACCACCAUUUUUCACAAGGAAGAACUUGUGACGCGUUCUUCGAGUUAUCAGCGUUGUUUGCGGCAACAGGAGUUCAUGAAUCGAGAUCUUUACCCAAAUGGAACAUAUACUGUAGCUUCACAACAUCAUUUGAUUAACGGAGGUUGUAAAACAUCAAGGCAACCAUGUCAAGAAUUGUUGAUUCAAGACACAUUGAGUGUACCGCACGCAACCACGAUUCCGACAAAUCUUCAUGCAUUUGAUGCUUCGGGUGCUAAUGAUAUGAAGGAAAAAAAUAUGCAUAUUAAUGCUGGCUAUCGUGAUACUAUACUCGAUACAUAUUAUGAUCAUAUAUGCUGUAUUUGCUUUACACACGCGCAUUCAGACGCCAAGUCUGCUGACCAGCGUUUAAGACAUUGUCGUCGUUGCGGUUUAGCCGUUCACCCAGUGUGUUACAAUGAUGAAGGAUUAAGACUUCGAGUUUUUUCACCAACAUUACUUUCCAAAAAGUCCACUGCACUGAAUACGAAGGAAUCCUAUGACAUUUUGUUAAAUUAUCUCGUGUCUGUGGAGACUCAAUUCGAAAAACCUAAAGAACUCUUUCCUUUAACGGAUUUACUUUGUAAAAUCGAAGCUUAUAAUAUUUUGCAGUUGGAUUUGCCUCAGGUUUUUUUCCCUUCGUUGAAGAAUCUCGAUGUAACUACUUUACAAGAUAUCUAUUUUACAUGCGAUGUUUGUUCUAACGGAUACGUUCCUGAGCAUGUUGUUUGUGUUGUAUGUGGACGUAAAGGCGGAGCUUUGCGGAUUUUGCAUGUUGAAGAUUCGGAGAGGAAAAACUCUAGUUCUCGAGAUACUGUGGCAGAGAUGUUCAUUCAUGUGGUGUGUGCUACGUAUGCACCUGGGAUUUCUAUUGAAGACUCCAAUGGGUUGUUUAGUGUUAAAACACUUGACACCAUAAUCAAAUCAGAUUUUUAUGGUAGCAACAAGUGCCAGUUAUGUGAUUCAAAGGAUGGUAUCACGCUUCCUUGUUCGUAUCCUAGUUGUUCUGUUUUCAACCAUGCAAGAUGUUUACAGCACCACAAUUGUUGGUUAGGGCUGCAUAGUGCAGUAGAAAGAUUCUUAGAUGAGGAAAAACCAAUAAAACCAUUGCCAGAAGUGAAACUACACCCCCAAAAUUUGUCACAAAUUCACACUUUCUGUUAUACUCAUACAAAAUUAAAACUAAAAUAUACAAGGCAACCUUUACAUUCAAGUCUGCAGCGUAUGAAAGAAUUAUUGGAACAGCUACGUGUUAAAACCUGUGGUGUUAAAAAUCGAGUUUUAUCCAAAGAAAAUGAAAUUGCAACAUUUCUUAAGUUGUUGCAAUUAAAAAAACCUUUGCUUACAGUAAAAGAAGCACGUUCAAACAAUGUCGCUUCCUUAAUAUCCAGCGAAAAACUUAUUCCGUUUUUAUCUAUGGAUACUAAAUAUGACGCGGCAUACAUAAACAAAGGGUAUACUGUUACGUCGUCCACAAAAUGGAAUACGACAUUAGAUUAUGAGCCAGUUCGACUAUUUCCAGAAAAACCAAUUUUAAAUAGCCGAACCGUUCCAUAUGUAUUAGAAGAAGUUACAACUAAAGUAUUAGAGGCUUCAGUAGGAUCAGAGACACUGCUCGAAGCGUUACCUCCUUUUACAAAAUUGUCAUUAGACAAAUUAUAUGUUUUAGGGCAAGCAAGAGCACUAACUAUAGCGGAAAUUGUGGAUUUUUCACGAAUGUUAUUGCCGGAUUAUCAGCGGCGGCGACGAGGAAGGCCCUCGGCAAAAGAAAAAGUGAUACGAGUUUUAACAACUGGAGCGCUUCAAUAUCUCAAAGCGCAAAAACAUGCACAUGAAACCCUGCAGGAUGUCGUGAAACGCUUGCCGUUGGAAUCAAUGAAACCUUGCGAUUUCACGUUUUGGGUUGAAGCAUCCACUAUUGCUGAUCAAUACGGUAAAUCAUUACAAGCCAUUUUAUGUGGAACAACAAACGGUGCAAAUGAAUGGAUGGCGUUAUCAUCUUCUAAGAAAACACUGUUUACAACGUAUCAACGACAACACAAUCAGAAUGGCAUGUUAGUGCCCGAUAAUAAAUCUAUGAUAACAACAUCCGUGGAAGAGACAACAAAAUCGUCGCCUCUCCAUAUGGAUGAACAGCAAUUUUGGGAAUCGCCACAAAAUAACGACCCUUCAACACCGCAGGUGUCGGAAGUCGAUGUUUCUUUACAAACACAAGUCAAAAACGUGUCAAUGGCUUUAAAGGAACGACUUUUAAAUGAGAAAAACAUUCAAGAUCAACAACAUUUUGUUGACUUUGCGUGUGAGUCAAAAAGCCAUGGAACAGACAGCUCUUUCUGUAAGGAAUGUCUUACUAUUCAACAUGGCGGUGACCGGAACCAAGAUGCGCAUGUUUUUAGUGCAUUAGGUGAAACGACAACGCACGAAAGUCAGAGUUGCUUAAACACCAAUCUUAACGUUCAGGUAUGUGUUACUGAACAAAUCGAAAAACAACAUGUUAUUCAGGCCUCCGUGGAGGAAGCAUUGUCGUCAUCAGGUGGUCAUGUGGUAACGUCAUCAAGUUCUUUACUGGAUAGCCGCGUAGAAGACUUUUCGACAGUAGUAGACACUUUCGAAAAGGCGUCUAAAUCAUCUCCGAAUGGUUAUGUAAAAGAGUCACCACCCCUCUUCAAUAGUCAUGUGGAAGACACUGGGGGCUUACCCGAUAAUUUGCUAGAGGCGUCAUUGUCUGUAGAGUACAGUCUUGAACAAAAAACAGUGCUUUUUUCGGAGAAUCAUUUGGAAACAAACACGUUGCCUCUACUGAACAGUCAGUGUGGAACGGCAAGCCUGCACUCACUUAAAGGCAAGGGUAAAGCCGUGGCGUCGGCCUUAGCAGAGGACCACGCCGAAGGGACAAGGCCGCUUGUACCAGAAACUCACGUCGAAGGGACAAAUCCGCCCGGACCAGAGACUCACGUCGAACCGACAAAGCCGCGUGUACCAGAAGCUCAGGUCGAACCGACAAACCCGCGUGUACCAGAAGCUCAGGUCGAACCGACAAAGCCGCGUGUACCAGAAGCUCAAGCCGAACCAACAACACCGCCCGUAACAGAAACUCAUGUUAAAGAAGUCCUGUCGUCGCCGGAAGGUAGUAUACACGACGCGUCGCCGCCGGUGCAAAAUUGUAUUGUGAAGAAGGGUGUGUUAGUAGAGAAGAUUGUUAGUGAGUCUCCUGUUGUGAAUUUGGAAAAAAAAAAAGCUGGGAACAUUUUGAAUAAAAAACCUGAAUUGACGAUGGUCGAUGCAAAUACUGUAUUGCAUAGAAACGUUUCGGAUAAAAUAAGUACGGACCCAUGUGAGUCAAGUUGUAUUGCAACACGUUUACGUCGUUCAGUUCGUAAGCGACAUACGCUGGGUAUGUCAGAAGAGAAGAAAGAGGAAGAGGGUGUUUUGGAUAAUGCAGGACAGAAUGAAUCCCGAAUUUCGACGCGUGGGCACAAAGUAGAAAAAGCUACUAAAGUCGAAUUUCUUGACGUGUAUCAAAUUGUUGCUAACACAGUCCUGUCAUCUUUUGAGACUGUAAAAGAAUUGGAGAAUUUUUGUUGGUUUCAUAUAUCAUUCAGCGUCUCACAGAAUGGAAAAAGUACAGACUUGCAUGUUGGUGAUAACGAAGAUUUUUUUUUCUUAUCGAAAAAAUAUGUUGAUGAUAAAGUGCAUCCUACCUCUUUUACAGAGUCCCUCCAACUUUGCGAUCUAUUCUCAGCAGUUGCGCUGCAUGAAGUACGAACGGUAGUUGUAAGGCCAAUAAAGCCAAGUCCAACCAAUAUUUGCAAUAGCAUCCUUUGUAUGUUUCAAUCGUUGCGAUCUGCGAAAAAUGACAGUCACAUACCACUAUUGAGUUUUUUAUUUUUACAACCUGAAAAUAUAAAAUUGUUUCAGAAACUAUGUCAGGACGCUGUAAAAGGAAACAUUCAAUCUUUAGAAGAAGUACAUACAACAUACAUCAGUUGCCUAACAAAUCCCUCUAUGAAAUUAUUAGUUUUAAAACGAGAGGAUGUUUGGUUACAUUUUUCUUGGUAUGGAAAGUAUGUUCGUGAUAAGUCAUUCAAUCAAGUAAUGAUUGAAAAAUGGUUACCCCCCGUGGGCAACAAUUUACGUCAACCUCGACGGUAUCCAACUCUGACUCAAGCGGCGGUUGAUGACGUUACGCGCUAUUUCCAACAUUUAAUUGGGUGGGUAUUGCAACAAGUUGAUAAUCCGUCAGCAGCUCUUUGCAACAUUCCAGGAUGGAAUACACACAAUUCAUUAUGGAACGAUACAAAUGUUUUCUCUCUUUUCUAUUUAACACAAUCCGUUCGAAUUUUUUGUACGACAUUAUGGAAAUGGAGAGAAGGUUUAGUAGUCGGGUAUGGAAGUCCUUUACUAGCGAAUUCUCAACGUUUUAAAUUUCAUCAAAAAGACAAUCAAAAAUAUCCAGAGUUAUACGGGGAGAGGAAACAAGGUGCUUUACUAUGUUCACAUGAAGAGGACACUGAACUGGAAAAGCCUCAAUAUUUUACUAACUACUCGUAUCUCGUUUACUUUGAAAUAUCAGAAACUUUUGUUUUUGAAUGGUGUUCUUUAACUUUAUGGGAUUUUGUUGAAACGAAAAAUCUAACAACAACAACAACAACAACAACAACAAAUGUGAGCAAGUUAUUCGAAUUGGAUUCCAAAUAUCAUAUUCGCUCGUUUCUUACAUGGACGACGCUUAGUAAUUGUUACGAGUGCCAAAAGCCGCUUAUGUCGUACUGGAAAGAUAAAACUCCUUCAGAAUUUUUACUUUGCCAAAAUCUAUCUCGUGGAAGCAAAAAUGGAAAAGACAAAGUUUUAACCUUAAUCAAAUGUCACAAUACGACAUGUCGAGAAUGUGUGGAGAAAACAUUAGCGAACUGCAAAACACUAUCUUCGUGGGAUACAUGUGCAACGUGGAAGUGUUCGCAGUGUCGUCGGCCAGCGGAUUCAACCGAAACAACAAAAACAGAAAACGUGACAGUCCACGAAUCUGAACGAUCUUUAUCUACCGGUUCGGGAAAAGAUACAUUUUCCGCAACAUUUAAAUCUUUACAAACGUGCAAAAACUUUUCUUGUCGAACAGAUUCUAUGCUGGAUUAUAAACUUAAAAAACAAUGUGGAAAAGUGUCAUGGAGAAUAGGAUUAACAUCAAAAGAAAAAAAGCGUCAGAAAUCAGAUAUGAAAGAUUUUUAUCAAGCGUCACAUGAAUUGAAAAAAUUUCGUAAACAAAAGUAAAAGAAUUUUCUUGCUUUUAAAUUUUUCAAGACGACCAUUCCACAUGCGCAUGUUUCAUGUUGUCAACAUGAAUUGAAAACAAAAUAAAAUCACAGACGAUUCUUGUAUUGAACUAUUAUUUAUUUUUUUGUCAAAAUGCUUCUAGCUGCCUUAAUUAACGUCAAAAAAAAUAUAUUGUUAAAAAUGUUACUUUUUUAUGUAUGUUUUUUGUAAAGACUAAACAUUAACGAAUUUCACCGAAAAAUUGAAGUAGGCCUGGUAAUUACGGCAAAACGUAACAGGUCACCCAAAAUUGACAGUAUUCCAUUGUCAUGCGAAAAAAAUGAUCUGUGCCAAAACAUACAAACAUACUUUAAAAAAAUUAACCCUGUUUCAGUGGAUCAAGAGCUUUUUAGUUUGUAACCCCUGAAACUUUGAAAAGGCACGGACGUUGAGCAGUACGCAGAAAUUCCUUUGUUAUGAUUGUAGUGCAAAGGUUUUAAAAUUCCUGCUAUCCUCUUGAUUUCCGUAAGCCACCAAAAAAAAAAAAAUUGGUAUUUACUUUGAGGAUUUUUUUUUCUUCAAUUCAAAAAAAGUUAUAUAAGUAAUCUAUAACUCGAAACGUAAACUUUUGAUCGCCUGUUAUGACAAUGAGUCAUCCUGAACCACCAUUUGCUUCUGCUUCUCUUUAUGUUGGAGACCUUCAUCCUGAUGUAAACGAAACAAUGCUCUUUGACAUUUUCAAUGAUAUCGGUCCAGUUGUAUCAAUCCGAGUUUGUCGUGAAUCGUCCUCCAGAAAAAG